GGCAAUCCGCCCCGUAGACGCAUUCGCUCGUACGCUCCGUCCAAAGCGGACUUAAGUAGUAGAGGCUCGUUGUCGUCGCCGACGUCCUCGUCGUUUGUCGUAGUCGAACCGUAGCAGACCGGACGGAUCGAGGCCGAAGAGGACGUAGCCGGAGCACAUCGGGAUAUUAAAGUCGAAAAGCGCGCAACGGAGAGUCCAUUCGUGUAAUUUCUCGCAAGCGGCAGUGAAGAGCUCACGCGCCUAUCGCCUAUUCUACUGCAUUGUCCAGUGAGCACUAUCAGGCCCAGAAUCGACGAGAGAAAGACGCCCAAGUCGAUCCACCGUCGAGUUAAGAAGAACCACCUAAUUUCACCGUUAUCAGAGAAAGAGGAGUGACAAACAAGAUAUGAUGGCAGUCGCAGCCGCCCAGAAGAACCGCGAAAUGUUCGCCAUCAAGAAGUCUUACAGUAUUGAGAACGGGUAUCCAGCGCGACGACGUUCUCUCGUAGACGAUGCCCGUUUUGAGACACUGGUCGUCAAACAGACGAAGCAAAGCGUUCUCGAGGAAGCUCGACAACGAGCGAAUGACACGAACGCGGAUCAGACAAUUACUUGUACUCAGGAACAACAGGGACAGGGAGAGCAUUAUGUCGAUGUUUCAAGUGACGAUGAACAGGUGGAGUCGUUAGUUUGCGCGGCGAAGAAGGAAGAAGCGAAAGCGGAGGCUUCAUCGGACAGCGAUGGGAAACCGGAUGACGAUGACGAUGAUGAUGCUGGACUAACCGAGGAGGAAGUAGUGCUCGCGAAAACUAUAGCCGAAUCUGCGGAUAGCGAGCAGGGCGUGCAGAAAGCGGCGCUGGUAUUGAGAUUGCGAGAGGGCAUCGGCUCUCUGGGCAGAAUCCUGAAAACAAUUGAAAACUUCAAGGGCACGAUCACCCAUGUCGAGUCACGGCCUUCGAAGAAGGAAGGUCUGCAAUUCGAGGUCUUGGUCAAGAUUGACAUGAGCAGACAGAGCCUGUUGCAGCUGAUUAGAAAUCUACGACAGAGUUCGGCCUUGGACGGCGUGACUCUGCUCGCCGACAAUUCCGUCAGCAUCAAAGAUCCCUGGUUCCCCCGUCACGCUUCCGACCUCGACAAUUGCAACCACCUGAUGACCAAGUACGAGCCGGAUCUCGACAUGAAUCAUCCGGGUUUCGCCGACAAGGAGUACCGCGCCCGUCGCAAGGUCAUUGCCGAAAUCGCUUUCGCCUACAAGUACGGCGACCCGAUACCCUGCAUUCCCUACACCGAGACGGAGAACGAAACUUGGUCGCGCGUCUUCAACACUGUGCUCGAUCUGGUGCCGAAACACGCGUGCGUGGAAUACCAGAGAGUUUUCAAGAAGUUGCAAGAAGAGAGGAUCUUCGAGUCCCACCGUAUACCGCAGUUGCAGGAAGUCAGCGAUUUCUUGAAGAAGAGCACGGGAUUCACUCUUCGACCGGCCGCCGGUCUCUUGACGGCGCGGGACUUCUUGUCCAGCCUUGCCUUCAGGAUAUUCCAGAGCACUCAAUACGUCCGCCACAUUAACAGCCCGUAUCACACUCCCGAACCAGACUGCAUUCACGAGCUCCUGGGCCAUAUGCCGCUUCUUGCUGAUCCCAGUUUCGCUCAAUUUUCGCAAGAAAUUGGAUUGGCGUCUCUCGGCGCCUCAGACGAGGAAAUCGAGAAGCUAUCGACUAUCUACUGGUUCACGGUUGAGUUCGGUCUUUGUAAGGAAGGACCCGAAGUCAAGGCUUACGGUGCUGGCUUGUUGUCAGCCUACGGCGAACUCUUGCACGCAUUGAGCGAUAAGUGCGAGCAUCGAGCUUUCGAUCCGACAUCCACCGCUCUCCAGAAGUAUCAAGAUCAGGAAUACCAGCCGAUUUAUUACGUGGCCGAGAGUUUCGAGGACGCCAAGGAGAAAUUCCGUCGUUGGGUGGCCACUAUGAGCCGGCCAUUCGAGGUCAGGUUCAAUCCGCACACGCAACGCGUCGAAGUCCUCGACAGUGUUGAUAGACUGGAGGGAAUGAUUUCUCAACUCAAUACCGAGAUGACCCACCUUACGAAUGCCGUCAACAAAAUGAAAGCGAGACAAUUCUCGUAAGAAUGAAAACUUCCGCGUCUUCGUUUACCGAUUCGGUUAAUUCUUGUUUCAAACCAUCGAACCUCGAAAUCGAUCAUGUGCAUUUAAAUAAUCCUUGAGCUCUUUGAUGACAAUAAUUUUCGACAAUCUAUCAAAUAACGGCGAUAUAAUAAUUGUACGAUAAAAAAAUAUUUUUCCUAGUAAUUGUAACAGAGCUUAACGAGUCUUUUAAUCAUAUGUUUCGAAAGCGCGUUAGUUCGAUCCAGUAAUUUUAAGGAAGUUAUAAGAUUUUAUUUGUUUCGAUUGCGAAAGGUUUAUUCGUUUUAAACAAGAGAAAUAUUUUUAAUUGCAUCGAGGCUUCAGCUUCCAGGUUCGGUGGAGCACGUCAUCUCAUCGUCAUCAUUUUUAUCGUCCCUCAUUCCGUGUAUAAAAUCGUUCAUUUGCGUUGUUAUACGCGUGUACGCGCGCUGAUUAUGCGUGUAAAGAAUGAAUCUUUGCUGCGCGCGAAUGUCAGCCUAUAUUGCGUAUCCUUUGCGUUACAUUCCGUCAAGAUAAUCGUACAAUUUAAUUGAAUAAUGAAUCAUGUUGUGGAUUAAGUAAUUCGUGGCAGCCCAAAUCUCUUUUGUCCUCGAGUGUUUUAACGAGGCGCCAAAUGAGCGGAAAUACAUAUCACAAGGUUAUAUCUUUGAUUAUAAAUAGCUUUAUAUUUUUUUACGAAUAGCUGCGCGUACACGCGUAUGAGAGAUUCUCACAUUAUUAUUAAUUAUUAUUUCGUUCUAUUCUAUUAUAAACUAGUGUAUUAUUAUAUGUUAUUAUAUGUAAAUUUGCUUAAUCCAGCAAACACUGGCAUCUGCCCCCCGAUAUUUCGUAGUGCAGUCUACAUUUAGAAAAAAUUAUAACGCGAGAUGGUUGUCGCUAAGAGUUAUCGUAGUCUUGUAGAACUUAUAGAACUCGCGGGAUUGAUUCCUCAUCGCGAUAGAAUUUGUUGUUCAAAUGCGAGCGUACAGUAUUCUCUUCUUUCGCGAAUUAAUUGUCACACGACGGCUGUAGGGAGUCGUUGGGCAGUUCUCCCGGACUGGCCGAUAAGAAGUGAGCGUUCAGCAGUAUAUUCUUGUCGGCUUGUCGCACUUGAUUUAGAAUUUACCUGCGUCGAAUUAAACAGUAUUUCGUAAAGAAUAUCUCUAAGUUGUGUUCUUAUCUAGGUAGUCCGCAUCUAGGCGCUAUACCGCUUCUCGCCCGCUCGGAACUCUUUGGAGACUACAGUCCCCAAACUGUUCCGGAGGUUCACGAAGCAACGUUGCUUUAGAGAGAUACUAUUUAGCGAGUAGUGCGAGUCCCCGCUUGCGCACGCUAUGCUAUCCCAAUCGCACCGAUCCGUAUGAAAGAUUUUUCUCGUACGUGUACGUGCGUGUAACCCACCCUCGUUAGAUUGUAGCAAAGACGGUCAAUACAUAUGACAUAUGUUUCCUUUGUAUUAUAUUGUAAAGUACUCAGAGCAUAAAUAAAAAAUUAAGAUAUGAAUCUUA